UUACAUGGCGCGAUAAAAAUUAUUCCUUACGACGCGGAUCUGUCAGCAGACGCCGACCUUUAAUUCGACUCGACUACCUUUCGAUAGGACGUUCUACUUCCUCUCGAGACGAGAUAGAUUGCGAGUCUGUCUGCCAUUGACGACAAUGGCUUUCUUGCGACAGACUUGGACCUUGACGGCCAAGAACCUCAAGAUCAUCGUCCUCCGCCAUUGGCUCGCGACUAUCAUAAGAGCGCUUAUCCUUCCUGUUCUUCUAGCGGCUUUCCUUACCUUUGCGCGGAACUUAUUCGUGCCCCCGGCUGUGUAUGGCAUUGGAGACUCGCGCGCUAUUAGGUCACUACAGAACGGACUUGCUGCUGCGACCGAAACGAAUCGUAAUACAGUCGCUUUUGUAAAUAGUGGUUUCGUGGGUGGCGACAUCGAACGUGUUAUCGAUACACUUUCGGAAACGGUAAUUGGAGCCGGGAAGAAUGCGUCGAGGUUAUCGAGUUUGUCCGAUUUGUCUUAUGCGUGCCGGAGCUCCUUGCGCGGCGUAUCGCCUUGUUACGGCGCCGUAGUAUUCUUUUCCUCUCCGUCCGAAGGCGAAGGGGGGAUAUGGAAUUACACGCUUCGAGCAGAUGGCGAGUUGGGAUCGAAGAUUGAUGUUACACGGGACGAUAAUAGUGCUCAGAUCUACACUCUUCCCUUGCAGCGGGCCGUAGAUGCCGCCAUCUCGGACGUUUCUAACACCGGCGGCCAGUCCCGGAUCCCGGACAUUAUAGACGAGUUCCCGUACACUCCGGAAACUCAAGAGGAAAGGGCCGCACGGAUCCGGCGUAACUACCAGUCAGCAUUGACAAACUUCCUGAGCGUAUCGUUUUUCGUUGUCGUUAUCGGCAUAUGCUACCAUAUGACAGGCCACAUGGCGACCGAAAGAGAAAUAGGUAUGUCUCAGUUGCUAGACGCCACGAUGCCCACCAAGUACCGAUGGGAACCCCAGGUCGCAAGACUCCUCUCCUACCAUAUUGCGUUCUCCGCAGUCUAUCUUCCGGGAUGGGUAAUUGGCUCGAUCAUAAUUGCGCGAGGAGUCUGGGCAGAUACGAGCGUCGCCAUUGUGCUUCUUUACUUCGUCCUUAACGGACUCGCUUUGGCCUCCCUCUCUAUCCUCGGUGGCGCAUUCUUCAACAAAUCACAGUUGUCGGGUGUUGUGACGACGAUAGCGUAUAUUCUGCUAGCAAUCUUAGCUCAAACUCUGACAUCGCCUAGUACUGCUACUGUCGCAGUUCUGAGUUUACUCUUCACGCCCUGUAACUUUGUAUGGUUUAUGACAUAUAUAGCGCGAUAUGAAAGAUUAUCAUAUCCGGCCGAUUUAUUGAAGAACCCCCCUGAUAAUCCAUGGAACAUCCCUGGUUAUGUUUUUUGGAUAUUCCUCGCUAUUCAGAUCAUUGCCUAUCCCGCCAUUGGGGCUUAUCUCGAACGCGUGCUCCACGGCACGACUACUAAAGGGCGUACGAUUCUUCAAGGGCAAAGCGCAGAUACAGCACCGGCUGACGCCGUUCGUCUGGAGGGCUUCACGAAAAUAUAUUACCCUAGUUUUCUCAAUCGAUUGCUUCCCUUUAAAUCCAUGCCGAAGGAUCCAGUUGUGGCCGUUGAUAAGCUGACACUCACCGCAAGAAGGGGACAAAUAUUGGCUUUACUCGGGGCUAACGGUAGCGGAAAGAGUACGACGCUCGACUCGAUUGCUGGCAUUGGUAAGAUGACUAGUGGUGGUAUCACGAUCGAUGGAACAGGAGGGCUGGGUAUUGCGCCACAGAAGAAUGUCUUAUGGGACGAGUUGACUGUCGAAGAACACAUCCGGAUUUUCAACAAGCUGAAGUCCCCUAAUAAUACUGCAUCUUCACAGGAGAUCCACGACUUGGUGGUGGCGGUAGACCUUGCGCCAAAAGCUAAAGCCAUGUCCAAGACCCUGUCAGGUGGCCAGAAACGAAAGCUACAACUUGGAAUGAUGUUAACUGGUGGGAGCGCCGUCUGCUGUGUUGACGAGGUUUCGUCCGGAAUUGACCCUCUUUCCCGGCGCAAAAUUUGGGACAUACUUUUAGCCGAGCGUGGAAAGCGAACCAUCAUUCUCACUACCCAUUUCCUUGACGAAGCUGAUCUGCUUGCCGAUCAUAUUGCUAUCCUCUCCAAGGGCACGUUGCGUGCCCAAGGGUCUUCUGUCGAACUCAAAGAGAGAUUGGGCGCCGGAUACCGGGUCCACGUAUUUAACGCCAGAGAGAUCAAGAAUCCGCCAGAAAUCGAAAACGUGACCCGCAAGAUAGGUUUCGAUGUAAUCAGCUAUAUUGCGCCAACGUCCAGUCUUGCUGCAGAGGUCAUACGCUCCCUUGAGUCCGCAGGAAUCCACGACUACAAAUUUUCCAACCCCACUAUCGAAGAUGUCUUCCUACAGGUAGCUGAGGAAGUCAGAGGUGAGCAUGCUAUUCGAGAAGCAGAGAAGUCAUCCUCUGCUGAAAUUGCUAGCGACACGCAAGUAGGCGCCGAGGGCAGUAUUGGAAGUGAGCUUGAGAAGGACAGAUUAGAGUUGCUGUCAGGACACCCAAUUGGCUAUUUGAGGCAGACAGGAGUACUGUUCAUGAAGCGGUGCACUAUCUUCAAGACAAACUGGUUUCCUUACGUGGCAGCCUUCCUAAUCCCGAUAAUAGCGGCAGCUCUGACGGCUCUCUACGUCGCGGAUCAACACCCAGUGGGAUGUAGCCCGGCCGAUCAAAAGAAUGUUGAUUCAUCCGGUUCUUUGAGUCUAUAUGACAACCUGUGGCUAGUCGCCGGCCCGUCUUCGCAAUUUAGUAACGAGACGAUACAGAGACUUUUCGCCCCUGUCCUCCUAAGUGAAAGCCGGAAUCAGAGUCUAAGUCAGCUCCAAAUCAGAGCCGACAAUUUGACCGGGGCAGCGAUGAAUCCGCUUGCGUCGUUCAUGGAGAGUUUACAUCUGGUCGAUUCGCUAGAUGAGUUUAAUAACUUCGUCGCAACGAUGCGAAAGAACAUUACACCUGGCGGGUGGUGGCUUGGGGAUGCUAAUUCUGUACCUACUGUUUUCUACCAAGCAGAUAGCGGAGAUGUCCUUACCUCAGUCUUCGCGAUGAACGCUUUGGACACUAUGCUGGCCAACACUAGCAUUGCCACGACUUACGCGCCGUUCGAUACCCCUUGGGCGCCGUCUACCGGGGAUUCUCUGCAGCUGCUGAUCUACUUUUGUUUGGCCAUGUCCAUAUAUCCCGCUUUCUUUGGUCUUUACCCAAACAUAGAGAGACGUCGAAACGUCCGAGGAUUACAGUACUCGAACGGAGUGCGCUCACUGCCGCUCUGGGCUUCUUAUACGCUAUUCGACUUUGCAAUCGUUAUUGUCUCAUCCGGGCUUGCUACCGCCGCGUUUGCCGCAUCAUCUGAUGUUUGGUACCACGUCCCUUACCUCUUUCUCAUUUUCAUAUUAUACGGCUUAGCGUCUACUUUACUCUCAUACGUUAUAUCUCUAUUCAGCAACAAUCAGCUGUCAACGUAUGCUUUCUCGGCAGCCGGUCAGGCAGUCGGGUUUCUGAUCUACUUGAUUGCGUAUCUUUGCGUUCUCACAUACUCACCAGUCAUUCUUAUCGAUUCCUCUAUACUCAUUGCCCAUUUCGUUAUAUCGGCCGUCGUGCCCAUUGGUUCAGUCGUUCGAACCAUGUUUAUCGCCCUCAACCUUUUCUCGGUAACGUGCGAUGGAGACCAAAUACAAAGCAACCCGGCCGCCAUAACUGCUUACGGUGGUCCAAUUCUGUACUUGAUUAUACAAUCGAUCCUCUUGUUCGGCUACCUACUAUGGCACGACAGCGGGUCGGGAAGUAGUCUACUCAACCGCUUCACGCAAAAGACACCGCCAUCCUCUAAUGACCCAGCUGCUUCGGAUGAAGAAAUUGCCAACGAACUGGUUCGUGUAACUAGCACGCCUCAGGCAAGCGACGGUCUUCGGGUGCUACACUUAACAAAGACGUUUGGUAAGAACACGGCCGUUGAUAAUGUUACGUUCGGCGUUCAGCACAGCGAGGUCUUUGCGCUAUUGGGACCCAAUGGUGCUGGAAAGUCCACGACUAUCUCAUUGAUCCGUGGCGACAUCCAACCUAGCUACAAUGGAGGUGAUAUUCUCGUCGAGAAUACGUCUGUGAGUCGUCAUCGUGCUGAAGCUCGAUCCCACUUGGGCGUGUGUCCUCAAUUUGAUGCUAUUGAUUCGAUGACGGUCCUCGAGCAUCUACGUUUCUACGCGCGGAUUAGGGGUAUCCCUGACAUCGACCACAAUGUUCGGGCUGUUCUUCGCGCUGUGGGUCUCGAGGCCUUUUCGACUCGUAUGGCGUAUGCGCUUUCCGGCGGGAAUAAGAGGAAGUUAUCCCUCGGUAUCGCUUUGAUGGGUAAUCCUAGUGUUGUCCUUCUCGACGAACCCUCUUCUGGUCUCGAUGCUGCAGCUAAGCGAAUAAUGUGGCGGACAUUACACUCGAUCGUACCCGGUCGAUCCAUCCUUCUCACUACACAUAGUAUGGAGGAAGCUGACGCGCUUGCAAACCGCGCCGGUAUACUAGCUAAGCGUAUGCUCGCCAUGGGGACGACAGAGAAUCUACGCCAGCGCUUCGGUGAUGCCCUCCACGUGCAUAUGGUCAGCAAAUCGGCGCCGCACUCGACGCCCGAGGAGAUGGAGCGAGUAAGGCAAUGGGUCGCAGACAAAUGGCCAGGAGCAGAGAUAGAGCAAAAGACAUACCACGGACAAAUGCGAUUCUCCAUACCAGCAAGCGCCGUAGCAGGCACCGGCAGCGCAGUCGGUCGGCUUAUCGUGAUCUUAGAGGAGCACAAGGAGGAGCUCGGCAUCGAGCACUUCUCGUGCACGCCGACGACGCUCGACCAGGUGUUCCUGACGAUCGUCGGGCAGCACAAUGUUCGCGAGGAAGGGUACAAUGAGAAGAAGAAAGCAUGGUGGGCGCGGAGGUAGAGGGCAGAUUUGCAUAUACAUAUGCCUGCAUAUAUCCUAUCUUGU